GAAAGUUUCUCACUUGGAUUUAAGGUUGUGAGCAGAAUUCGCUGUCGAAAUCUCAACACUUGUCAGUAACCCAGUUCGACACAGCAGCGACUGUUUCGGAACGAUGCAAAAAACACAUUGAAACCGAAAACCAUACAGUGUCAAACAGGAGAGAGAGAGAGAGAGAGAGAGAGAGAGAGAGAGAGAGAGAGAGAGAGAGAGAGAGAGAGAAUGAGAUGAGACUCUGUUCAAACAUUUAGCUUCUGGAUUCCUUUCUUUAUCAAUAUGGAUAGCAACAACCAGAUUUUUAUAGCUUAAAAGAUCAGAGAGAUUGGUUUAUAAAUUUGCAGGGUCUCCUUUGUUGAAGAAAGCAGAGAUAUUGGUUUAUAAAUUUGCAGGGCCUCCUUUGUUGAAGAAAGCAGCACUCUCUGUGUAUCUGGUGGGAGUGUUGAUGGCGAAUGGUGAAGUGCAAGGACCUUAUUGUUCAUGGGGAGCUGGAAAGGAAACCGAAAACUUGUCACUGAAGGUCCCAAAUGAGAUUUCUAAGGUGAAACAGAGAAAACAGAAAGUUCUACUUACUUCUGCUUCUGCCCAAGAUUUGAGGUAUAACGACAUAGAAAAAGAGAAGGAGGAUGUCCAAACUCCUAGAGGAGUUUUAGAAGCUUGCGUGAGAGGCUUUGAAUCCGAGACUAGUACUUCCGAAAACAGCACGACUGAAAAUGGCACGAGUGAGUCAUCAGUGCGUUGUUCAAGUUCGAAUUCACUUUCUCACUGGCGCAAGUUCUUUAAACAAUGGAGUAAAAGAUCGCUUAAGCGCUUAGCCUCCUUCCCUCCGCUUGGUGUGCCGAAGAUAUCAUCACGAAGAAGAAUCAGGAGUGCAAGAGAGGAUCCAGCAUUAACUAAUAUAUACAACUUCAAGUCUUCGUUGGUGAACUUUACCAGCUCUGAGCUCCAAAAGGCGACCGAUAAUUUUAACAGUGAAAACCAAAUUGGAAAGGGUGGUUAUUCAGAAGUUUACAGGGGUUGUUUGAAAAGUGGGCAGCUAAUAGCAGUCAAGCGGCUGACGAAAGGAACAGCAGAUGAGAAAACAGCAGGCUUUCUAUCUGAACUUGGCAUUAUAGCUCAUGUUGAUCAUCCUAAUGCCGCUAAGUUAAUUGGAUGUUGCGUUGAAGGAGGAAUGUACCUCGUUUUUGAAUUAUCUUCACUUGGGAGUUUAGGAUCGCUCCUGCACAGUCCGAAGGCUAACAAACUUGAUUGGAGUAAAAGAUACAAAAUUGCUUUGGGGACAGCAGAUGGUCUGCUAUACCUUCAUGAGAGUUGCCAAAGGCGAAUCAUUCAUAGAGAUAUCAAAGCCGAUAAUAUUCUGCUCACAGAGGAUUUUGUGCCUCAGAUAUGUGAUUUCGGGCUUGCAAAGUGGCUCCCCAAACAAUGGACUCAUCACAAUGUCUCUAAAUCUGAAGGCACAUUCGGGUAUUUUGCUCCCGAGUAUUUCAUGCAUGGAAUAGUAGAUGAAAAAACCGAUGUUUAUUCUUUUGGAGUCCUACUCUUGGAGCUUAUAACCGGGCGUCCAGCUUUGGAUGAUCUUCAGAACAGCCUUGUUCUUUGGGCAAAGCCUUUGCUUGAUAACAAUGAGAUCAAGGAGCUUGUUGAUCCUAAUAUUGGCGACAACUAUGACCAGAAAGAGAUGGAUCACAUGAUUUUGACAGCGGCUUUAUGCAUCGAGCAGUCUUCUAUUCUACGUCCUCGCAUGAGUCAGGUUGUGGUGCUGCUGAGAGGCGAUGAAUACGUAUCCAAAUGUGCAAAAGAGUCGAAAAGGAGGUCCAUACAAAGAACAUACUCGGAAGAACUACUGGAUGCACAAGAGUACAAUUCAACAAAGUAUCUGGGCGAUCUCAACCGACACAAGCAGGUCGCUUUUGGUUCUUGAGAUAGGCGGAUAGAACAUUUAAACAAUGUUAAUUCUAGCUGCUCUCAUAGACUUAUCAGUUUCCGGGGUGCUUGCAAUCCCCAUGGAAAUCGAGAAAGUGAUUGAGAACAGUGCUGCUAGCCAUUUAUGUCGAAAAACAGCAUCACCGGCAUGUUUCUGAUGGCCCCGAAAAUGAUCAAGUAUGCACAACUGCAUUGCAAGUUCAAGUCGGAUGCGCGAAAUAUGAAAACCCCAGGAUGUACUUGUUUAAACUGCACGUAUAAAGAAUUUCCUGUUAUAUGUCUGCUUGAGAAUUACUUUUGUUUGGACUUUUGGAAGAAAAAUUUCAACUUCAUGGGUUCUUCAA